UGACAAAUGAAGAGGUAGUGUGAUAAACUCUGGACACACACAUCCUCAGAGAUGCAUAACAAUCAGAAGGAGCAUUUGUAUAAAAUUCUUGUCAUCGGUGAUUUGGGAGUAGGGAAGACCAGCAUCAUUAAGCGUUAUGUGCACCAGACGUACUCCACCAACUACAGAGCCACCAUAGGCGUGGAUUUCGCGCUCAAAGUUCUGAACUGGGACUCGGAGACGGUCCGGCUGCAGCUUUGGGACAUCGCAGGUCAGGAGCGGUUCGGCAACAUGACGCGGGUUUAUUACAGAGAGGCCAUGGGGGCAUUCAUUGUGUUUGAUGUUACCAGACCCGCCACGUUUGAGGCAGUCUCCAAAUGGAAGGAGGAUCUGGACUCUAAAUUAAUACUUUCAAAUGGCCAGAGUAUUGCCACAGUGCUCCUGGCCAACAAGUGCGACCAAAACAGAGACUUCCUGACUAACAAUGGCCUGAAAAUGGACCAGUACUGCAGGGAGAAUGGAUUUGUGGGGUGGUUUGAGACAUCUGCUAAGGAAAACGUCAACAUUAAUGAUGCAGCCAACUUCCUUGUGAAGCACAUAAUUGCCAGUGAGAACGAUAUCCUGAAAUCAGUGGUUCCAGAUACCAUCUCUCCUCAGCUCAACUCGGAUAAAGAAAUGACUUGUUCCGCUUGCUUCAAACCUUGAGAAGACAGCAGCGCUGGUGGACUGAUGAAGAUAUAGACCUUCACACCAGAAUCGGUCUGAUUUGAGCACUAAGUUGGUCAACCAUCGACCAACCGUCAAAACUACAGACACUUUGAGCUUGCACAGAGUAAAUGUAUUUAUGUUAAAAGCUGCACUUUUUUGAUAUUUAUGCCUAACAAAAAGCUUGGCUGCACAAGGUAAUAGAUGACUAUUUAUUUCUGCCAGACACACAGACAGAUGGCUGAUUAAACAAGAGUGUUUCAUCAGCAUGCACGCUGUAAUAUAGUGGUUUCUGGUGGGUAAGAAUUAAUAACCUCUGAGUCGAAUGACAUAAUCAUAUUUUUUUUUAUUUCAAGUGUAAAACUGUUUCUGAAAAGUCACCGAUAAGGACCCAAUGAUGUUGCACUAAGACUUUAGUUAUGCAUUAGUUAUGUCUCCAUCAUAAACUAAGACUUUCUACUUCCUAUUUGUAGACAUGAUUGUGGGAGGAAUAAUUCAUUCUAUAGGGCAUUUGAUUGGAUGAAACGAUCGCUUAGCACAGGAAAAGUCAGCAAUAUUUUUUGUAUACAGCUAUUAAUUUGAAAAGCCUAAAGUUUAAUUUGUUAAAGAAGCCAUUUGUAAAAUUCUAAUCAAUCUGUUAUUAGCAACACCUGUGGCCUAAAGGCGCAAUAUGUGAAAUUAAUAUGUAUGAAACCACUAGAUCAGUGUUUUUAUAUUUGGCUUAUGUACUCACACUCAAAAAAAGUUUGAAGUUUGUUCGAACUACUUAUUUAAAAUUAGCUGAAACUACACAAUUGUUGAGUUUUUUGCCACGACAAUUUAAUUGUUUUAUGUACAAUUUAAUUAAAUGUGCUUAAUUCCUUCAUGUUGUCCCAACACAAAUCGAUUGUGUGGAACCCAACAUUUCUUAAAGUGUACGUUAUCCCAUAUAUUUUUAAAAGAAUGUUCAAAUCCAGAUAAAAAAAAACUGUUUGUCUUUGCGGCAUCAGACUAUGCCUUUGUUGUGAAUACGCACCCUUUAGCACCAAAAAAUGUAAUUCGGUGCUUUCAUCAAAUAAACUUUCAUUCUUAACUUUGAAGUAAAACAAAAUGUUAGAAACACUUUUGCAUAAAAUUAUUAAUAACAUCCUGAAGCCACCUGCACUGCCGAGAGUUGUUUGGAUGAAUAAAUAAAUAUGUCCUGCACUCAUUGCACAAUUAAGACACAACAAAAAUGACAGUGGUGAGAAAACAAAGGUUAAGAAAGCAUCUGAUUUUAGCGGUUCUGAAAUUCACGUUGACAUGAAAUAAGUAACAUUAUACAGCUAUGAUAGUUUGAUUAUACUAGUAGUAACACUUUACAAUAAGGUUGAAUUAGUUUGUAAUUAAUGCAUUUAAUAACAUCAAAAAUACAUUUACUACAGUAUUUUUUUAGCAUUGCUAACGUUGGUUUAAGGAAAUUAAGUUGUUCAUUGUUACUUCAUGAAAACUAUGUAAAUGUAAAUGUUGAACUAUUAAUAAAUGCUGUGCUAGUAUUGUUUGUUAUUAGUUCAUGCUAGUAAAUACUGUAACAAUCCUUAACUAAUUAAUUUUUUGUAAAGUGUGAUCAUAACAGUAGUACAGCUUGAUUAUAUGUAAACAUUGUUUUUGUUUAUAUGCUGUAAAAAUGCUGGGUUCCACAUAAUUCCUUUAAGGUGUCACAACACAAAUCAAUUAAGUUACAUUAAGUUUACAAAUUUAACUGGAGCGAAUGUAAAAAAUUAAGUUGUCCAGCCAAAAAAAAAACUCAAGAAUUGAGUUGAUUUAGCUCAUUUUAAAUACACAGUUUGAAUAAGCAGCAAAAGUCAUUUUAUGAGUGUAUAACAGAAGAGAUGCUUAUUGGAUUUAACAUAAAAAGAAUAAUAAUUGUAAUUUAUUCAGCAAAAAUGCUUAGUUUCCCCUUAGGAAUCAAGAAAUAUCUUUCUCACUCACUUUUUCCUCUCUGAUUUGUUACAAGCUGUUCACACAUUGACAAUAAAAUGCCAUACAUCAAUGGCAAUUUGCAUUUAUAUCCUUCUCAAAGUCAUCAUAGUAAAAAUAUUAUAUUUCCUAAAUGCAUAUUAUUAAUUUUAUUAUUAAGUUUAUAUAUUUAUGUAAUGUGAUUUUAUGUUCAGGACUUCCCUAGCAUAAUAAGAGUGUCUGCUGGGUCUUAAAAAUCUUAAAUGCCAUAAAUCUAAAAAAAACUAAUUGUAGGCCUUAAAAAAAUUUAAAUUCACUGAUAUAUUGUGUUGAGUCUUAAAUCAUUUUAAACAGGUCCUACUUUUCCCAAUCGGGCCAACAUUCAUAAAAUCACCAACAAUUUUUUUUAUUUAAGUUUAUAUUUCAGUUUAGUUUUUUUAUUGCAAAAAGAUAUGAUUUACAAGCUGUUAGGCAUUUUUACAGCAAUUUCUCUAAAAUAAACCUCCAAAAUCUCCAAAAUCCCAGGGAAAGGAAACAAAACAAUUACACAGUUCCUUGUGAUAAUAAAGGGAUAAUAAAAUAUCGCUUUACGUCAUCUUACAUUCAUACAAAAACUCUUUACAGAAGUAAGGGGGAGUACACAUAAUAUAUAAAUAGGCAUGAAACUUAAAGUAUUUAUAUCAGAAAUGCAUUAGGUUGAAUAGACGUUACUCAAUCAAUUGGACCAGAGACCAACAAAUAUAUAUUAUUGAUUACUUAUGUAAUUGUCUCCACAAUAAAUGUUAAAAUUGUUAAAAGUUAAGGUAACUCUAACCAUUUGAGGAAACGAAUUGCAACAAAUCAUUUAAGUUCAAAAGCUAAUCCUAAUGAGUAUUGUGGACUUAACCUGUUUGAAUAAACGAAGCAAUUUGAGCACAGUAAAGCCCAGUAAACUUAAAACCAACUCAAACCAACUGAGUAAUUUAAAACCCAGUACGUUAAGGCAACUCGAACUGUUUGAGUAAACUGAUUGCCACGAACCAUUUGAGUUAAAAAAAACUAAUCUAUGAGUAAUGUGAACUUUCUCCUUUUAAGUUGAAUUAAUGAGGUAUUUAAUUAACUCAUUACCUUCAACACUGAGUUCAAAACUCUUUUCAAAGGAGUAGAAUUAACUUUCAGUCAAUUUUGAGUUUUAUUUGAUAAAGUUGACUGUUGGAUACAACUAGAGUUUUCUUGUUUUGACACAUUAAAAGUAUGUGUUUAAGAAAUAAUUACAUUAGAUUUUGCCAAAAAAUAAUAAUACAUUUCCAUUGGCCAUUAGAAAUGAUCACUAGUGUUUAGCCCUGUAAAAUUUCAAUCAUAAUGAUCUCAAAAAGUCUUAAAUUUGACUUGAUGAAACCUGCAGAAACCCUGAAUAAUGACCUCGAAGCUACAAAUCAAAGAGUUUAAGCUUCUGAUAUUGAUUCAUUUGAGGUAUCUGGACCUUUAUGAAUUACGGCUUUUACCUCAAUGCAGUGUUAAUGGCCUGGCACGCUAUUACGAUUUCAUGAGCCUUUUAUGGUUUUAAUUUAUAGCGUCUGAACUUGCAUUCCGCAGUAACGCGUCUCGAGUGUUCAUAUUCAAGCUAUUUUUCAGACUGUAUAUCUAAAAGGAGAGCUGCCAACCUCUUCCCUCAUCCUCUCUUGUCUCCUUGAACACCCUGGCCUUUCUUAUCUGCUGCCAUCCCUCCAUUUCAUCCCUUUUUUCGCUCCUAUUUCACAUCUCCUUUGCAGUGAUUCAGUGCAUGACUCACUGACAUUAUAUAAAUCUCCCAUGAUUCCCUACAUCACCGUGCGCUUUAUUCAAAUGCUUUAAUGUGUAUAUUGAUCUACUGCCUUUUCUUGCACACCUAGUUUUUAUGCUCAAAUAUUAUUUGUCCGUGUGGGAGGUGUUGUAUUAUUAGGGAUUGUUUGGUAUUGUUAAAUAUGUUUUGUUUGAAGUUGUGUUAAGAUUGUUGUCUAGAAAACACUGAAAUAUUGUACGAUUUUUAUGCUACUGUACAUCAAAUACAGUAUACUCUUGAAGAACGUGUCUGAAGUAUAAAGUCGAAAUGAAGUCU